AUGGAGUCUGGAGCGUCGCAGGAGCCUCCACCCAAGAAACGGAGGUUCUUCAGAGACCCAGGUGAGAAUUCGUCCGAUCCUAUACUGCUCAGCCCAGGACACAGUACUUCGCCUGUGCCAGCUAAGGAGUGCGUCACGGACCACGACGGCGCCAAGACGGAGCCAGAUACGCGGGUCGCACUCGUUGAGCUUUCGGAAAAUGGCACGGCCAAUAUAAAAUCAGAGUCGUCUCAGCCGACUCCUGUGCAUUUGGACGAGUCUACAACCUUGAGCUUCGACAAGGACAUGUUCGAAAGUUUCAUUGGUGACAAGGUCAGCAAUGAAGUUCUCGACAUCAUUCGGAAUGCUUGUGGCGACAAUCUCGAAAGGGCUGUCAACAUGUUCUUUGACGGCACGUACAAGAGGCUCCAGACCAAACAACAACCAUUGUUUGGAUUCAUAAGCCAGCGGCUGGCCAGUUCCCGAACCGCCCAAUCUGCGCCUAUCGAGGAGCCUACAACAAGCCCAGCUCCCUCUCGAGGAACCUUUCCACGAAAACGAUAUCUAGGUGCGUUUGGUGUAGAAGGUUGGGCAACUCGAAGCGGAAGCAACAUGCUAAAGCAUGGGGAUGUCGUCAAGAUCGAGCGCCAGAAAAGUAAACCCCCGCUCCCGCCCAAAAUCAAGAACAAACUUGGUGUUGUCAGCUCGCCCUCUCCAAAGCCUAAGACAGCGGCUUCGAGAAUAGUCGAUGUGAUUGUUCGCUUUACCAAUCAAUCCGGAACAGAAAUUGGUCGCUUGGACAAAGACGCGGCGAAUUGGGUGUCGACAUUGAUUGAUCAAGAUGUGUGUCAUUUUGAGGGAAACUGUGUAUAUGCACCUGAACGACUACGAACCAACGACACUGUGUAUUUGCAGCUGAGAUGUUCGCUGCUACGCUCUGCUUUCCAAGACCGCAGCUUUAAGCUUGCCGACGAUCGACCUAGCAACAUUUUUGAGCAAGGCGAAACCACGGAUGAGAAAGAAUUGCGCUUGCGUCAGGUCGCAUUAGUAAGACUAUUUCAAGAAAUCAACUUGCAACCAACCCGGGCAAAUUCAGCGGCCAAGGAUGCAAGGAAGGAACUGCUUCAGGCUGCUGAGAUGGACGAGCAGAAGCAACGUGAAGCUAAAAAGGCCGCGGUUCCUGGCAAGGAAUCGGAGUCAGUGCCCAACUCAUCAGAUACUGAGGAGGGGGAGGAGCUUGAGCAAGAUCAGUUGGAUGCUUUGUAUAAAAAGGCGCAGUGUUUCGAUUUCAACACCCCUGAAGCCGAACCGGCUGACAGCUUCGCCAUGACCUUGAGGCCGUACCAAAAGCAAUCCCUGCACUGGAUGAUGGCAAAGGAAAAGGACGAGAGGAGCAAUCGCGAGCCAUCCAUGCACCCUCUCUGGGAAGAGUACGAGUGGCCCACAAAGGAUGUUGAUGACAACCACUUGCCUGAAGUACAAGGAAUAUCAAAAUUCUACGUCAAUCCCUACUCUGGGGAUUUAUCGCUAGAAUUUCCAGUCCAGGAACAGCAUUGUCUUGGUGGAAUACUUGCCGACGAGAUGGGCCUGGGGAAGACAAUUCAGAUGCUUAGUCUAGUUCACUCUCAUCGAUCAGAAACGGCUCGGCAGGCUCGACUCACUAAUGGUGGCAUCUCGAGUGUCAAUCAGCUGGCUCGGUUGGGGGCAAACUCAUCCAGUUUUCUUCCAGCGCCAUGCACAACAUUGGUCGUUGCGCCAAUGUCGCUUCUGGCGCAAUGGAAAAGCGAGGCAGAAAAGGCCUCAAAGGAAGGCACAAUGAAAAUUGAGCUCUACUACGGCAAUGAGAAGACAACUAAUCUGCAAGCCCUGUGCAGCGAGUCGAAUGCUUCCCAAGCACCCGACCUCGUCAUCACCAGCUACGGCGUGGUGCUCUCUGAAUUUAGCUCCGUGGCAGCCAAGAAUGGUGAUAAGUCAUUCCACAACGGCUUGUUCUCGUUGAAAUUUUUUCGAGUCAUCCUUGACGAAGCCCACCAUAUCAAGAAUCGAUCUUCAAAAACCGCCCGAGCUUGUUAUGAGAUUUCGGCAGACCACAGAUGGGUGCUGACGGGAACGCCAAUAGUGAACAAGCUUGAAGACCUAUUUAGCUUGGUGCGAUUUCUUGGCGUGGAACCUUGGAACAACUUUUCUUUCUGGAAGACAUUCAUCACGGUGCCCUUUGAAGCGGGUGACUUUAUGAGGGCGCUGGACGUCGUGCAAACAGUAUUGGAGCCGUUGGUAAUGCGCAGGACGAAGGAUAUGAAGACGCCAGACGGCCAGCCACUUGUGCCUCUACCAUCCAAGCAGAUCGAUAUUGUUGACGUCGAGUUGUCCAAGUCUGAGCGUGAUGUAUAUGAUCACAUUUUUAACCAGGCAAGGCGGACGUUUUCUAAAAAUGUCGAGGCGGGAACUGUUAUGAGAGCAUUCACCACUAUUUAUACGCAGAUCUUACGACUGCGGCAAUCGUGCUGCCACCCUAUCCUCGUUCGAAAUCGAGACAUCGUGGCGGACGAGGUAGAAGCCGGUGCUGCUGCUGAUGCAGCGACCGGCCUGGCUGACGACAUGGAUUUGGAAACUCUAGUGGCACACUUUACUGCAACGACUGAUGAAGCAGCCAAAGACAAUUUCACAUAUGGAGCAAACGCUCUUGAGGAAAUUCGCAAUGAGGCCGAAAAGGAAUGUCCACUCUGCUUUGAUGAGCCGAUGAACGACCAGACAGUCACUGGCUGCUGGCAUUCGGCAUGCAGGAAAUGCCUACUGGAAUUCAUGAAGCAUGAAAGUGACCGUGGUGUUGUACCACGAUGCUUCAACUGUCGCGAACCCCUCAACCAGAGGGAUUUGUUCGAAGUUGUACGGCACGACGACGAAAUCGACAUGGUGUCCAAGCCCAGGAUGAGCCUACAGCGGCUAGGUGUGAAUCAUUCAUCGGCCAAAGUGGCAGCACUCAUUUCCGAGUUACGCGUUCUACGUAAAGAGCGUCCACAUAUGAAGUCGGUGGUAUUCUCCCAGUUCACUUCGUUCUUGUCACUCAUCGAACCAGCCCUGGCCCGCAUCAACGUCAAGUUCCUACGCCUCGACGGGUCCAUGGCACAAAAAGCGCGAGCCGCGGUGCUGGAAGAUUUCACCGAAAAGAAGGGCUUCAUGGUCCUUCUCAUCAGUCUGCGCGCUGGUGGAGUCGGCCUGAAUCUCACCAGCGCAGGACGAGUGUUCAUGAUGGAUCCGUGGUGGAGUUUUGCUGUAGAGGCGCAAGCCAUUGAUCGAGUACAUAGACUCGGACAGGAGGAUGAGGUGGUGAUUAAGCGAUUUAUUGUAAAGCAGAGCGUGGAAGAGCGCAUGUUGCGGGUGCAGGAACGGAAGAAAUUUAUGUAUAAGUGCAACGUCUUUGGGAAUGAUGAGCGAUGA